CGUCACCAAAACAUCCCCUAAAGCCGCGAAUAGAGAAACGAGCUGCUGGAUAGGUAAACAGAUUCCGCUGUCAUUCAUUCAAACAACGCGAGCUGAUAUGAUGGAUAUUCUUAGCUCCUCUGUGUGGAAAAUGUUAUGACAUGAUACAUCACCGCUAGUCAUACUCUGUCUUUCGAGAAUGGUCGUUGUUUACGGUCUCAGUUUUUCACAUGCCAGUAAUCCGGUUAGAAGAGAUGUCUUUUUAUAGCUGUCCACGGCUGCUAGACAACUAGCCUAGCUCGUUGCGCCGUAGGAGAGCGGCCGACCUUGACCAGAUGGAUAUCACGAGGCUCGCUGUGGACGCGGGCGCGUUUAUCAACCGAGCUGUUCAGUAUACGGAGGAAGCUCUGGGGCAGGCUGAGAAGACAGAGUUGGACAGCCGGUUGGGGAGUCUCCUGGACAGAGCAGAGUCCACUAAGACCUGGACUGACAAAAUCAUCUCACAGACUGAGACUUUAUUGCAGCCUAACCCUGGAGCUCGUUUAGAGGACUUGUUGUAUAAGGGUCUGGAUUGGAGCGCCCCUGAGAGGCCAACCCCCCACGAGCUGCUGAGUGAAAACAUGAUGGACGCUGCUCUGGAACUGGGGAGAAACACACCCUACGGUAGUACUCUGAUUAAGUGUGGGGAGUUGGAGAGGCAGAUCGGGUUGGCGAACAAGAAGCUGAUCCAGAGUACAGACAUCAACUUCCUGUCUCCUCUACGGAGGUUUACUGACCAGGAAUACAUAGUCAUACAGAAUGAGCGCAGGCAGCUGGUGAAUAAGCGGUUAGAUCUGGACAUUGCGAAGGCUAGACUGAGAAAGGCACAGGAAGCAGACAGCGAGGCCCGGGGUCUAAAUGCUAACCCAUUAGGAGAGGAGUAUGUAGAUCAUGUCUCCUACAUGUUCAGCUUCCUACGAGUCAGAUGGCUGAAGAUGUGGGCCCAGGAAGUCUCUCAGGCAGAGAUGGAGCUGAGGAUCUCUCAGUGUGUGUUUGACCGACAGUCAGAGAUCACCAGACUACUGCUGGAGGGAAUCAACACUACACAUGCUGCCCAUUUGAGAAGCCUGUCUGACUUUGUAGAAGCCCAGGGUAGCUACUACGCUCAGUGUUACCAGCUCACACAGGACCUACAAACCCAACUGGCCUGUGCUCCCCCUCUGAUCUGCUACAAUAACAACUGGCACUUAGAAACUAACCAACCCUCAACAGGUAACCUGCCCUUAGCAACCAUUCAGCCCCUAGCAACCAGUGACUCUGCAACAACCAACCAGGCAACUAGCCAACCCUUAGCAACCACCCAGCCCUUAGCAACAUGUGAGUCUUCGACAACCAUCCAGGCAACUAGCCAACCCCUAUCAACCAACCAGACAGCCAAUGAGUCCUCAAAAACCAACACGUCCUCGACAACCAAUAAGUCCUUGACAAACAACCAGACAAGCAGACAACUCUUAGCAACCACUGGAUCCUCUACAACCAACCAGGCUUUGUCAAUCAUCCAGACAAACAGCCAAGCCCUACAAACCAACCAGGCAACCAGCCAACCCCUACAAACCAACCAGGCAACCAGCCAACCCCUACAAACCAACCAGGCAACCAGCCAACCCCUACAAACCAACCAGGCAACCAGCCAACCCCUACAAACCAACCAGGCAAUCAGCCGACCCUACAAACCAACCAGGCAACCAGCCAACCCCUACAAACCAACCAGGCAACCAGCCAACCCCUACAAACCAACCAGGCAACCAGCCAACCUCUGCAAACCAACCAGGCAACCAGCCAACCCCGGCAAACCAAUCAGGCAACCAGCCAACCUCUAGGAAC